AUGUCAGGAAACGCUGCACAAGUUGAAUUCUCUCGUGAGAAUUUAGAAAAUGUUUUAAAACGUCGUUUUUUCUUUGCACCAGCUUUUGAAAUAUACGGUGGUGUCUCAGGUUUAUAUGAUUAUGGUCCACCAGGUUGUUCUUUCCAAGCUAAUGUCAUUGACAUUUGGAGAAAACAUUUCGUCUUGGAAGAAGAUAUGUUGGAAGUUGAUACAACCAUGUUAACUCCUUAUGAAGUUUUGAAAACAUCAGGUCAUGUUGAUAAAUUCUCUGAUGAUAUGUGUCGUGAUUUGAAAACUGGUGAAAUUUUCAGAGCUGAUCAUUUAGUUGAAGAAGUUUUAGAAAGUAGAUUAAAAGGUGAUAAACAAGCUAGAGGUUUAGUUUCUGAUGCUGAUUCUGAUGCUAAAGAAGAUGCUGAUAAGAAAAAACGUAAGAAGAAAGUUAAGGAAAUUAAAGCUGUUAAAUUAGAUGAUGAAGUUGUUAAAGAAUAUGAAUCAGUCUUGGCUAAAAUUGAUGGUUAUAAUGGUGAUCAAUUAGGUGAAUUAAUGGUUAAAUAUAACAUUGGUAACCCAGUCACUGGUGAACCUUUAGAAGCACCAAAAGCUUUCAAUUUAAUGUUUGAAACUGCUAUUGGUCCAUCAGGUCAAUUGAAAGGUUAUUUAAGACCAGAAACCGCUCAAGGUCAAUUUUUAAAUUUCAAUAAAUUAUAUGAUUUCAAUAAUUUGAAAAUGCCAUUUGCUUCAGCUGCUAUUGGUAAAUCAUUUAGAAAUGAAAUUUCUCCAAGAGCUGGUUUAUUAAGAGUUCGUGAAUUCUUAAUGGCUGAAAUUGAACAUUUUGUUGAUCCAGAAGAUAAAAAACAUGAAAGAUUCCAUGAAGUUUCUGAUGUUAAAUUAAGUUUCUUACCAAGUACUGUUCAAGAAUCUGGUUCAACUACUCCAAUUGAAACCACUAUUGGUGAAGCUGUUAAAUCUGGUUUAGUUGAUAAUGAAACUUUAGGUUAUUUCAUUGCUAGAAUUUAUCAAUUCUUAGUUAAAAUUGGUGUUGAUCCAAAACGUUGUCGUUUCCGUCAACAUAUGGCUAAUGAAAUGGCCCAUUAUGCUACUGAUUGUUGGGAUGCUGAAUUACAAACUUCAUAUGGUUGGGUUGAAUGUGUUGGUUGUGCUGAUAGAUCAGCUUAUGAUUUAACUGUUCAUGCUAAUAAAACUAAAGAAAAAUUAGUUGUUAGACAAAAAUUAGAUGAACCAAUUACUGUUACUAAAUAUGAAUUAGAUUUAGAAAAAAAGAAAUUUGGUCCAAAAUUCAGAAAAAAUGCUCCAUUAGUUGAAGAAUGGUUAACUUCAAGAUCUCAAGAUGAAUUAGUUAAAUUAAAAGAAGAAUUAUCAUCAAAUGGUAAAAUUACUUUUAAAAUCCCAGAAAUUGAAGAUCAAAUUGAAUUAGAUAACACUUUCAUUGCUAUUGAACAAAGAACUAAAGUUGAACAUGUUCGUGAAUAUACUCCAAAUGUUAUUGAACCAUCAUUUGGUAUUGGUCGUAUUAUUUAUUCAAUUUUUGAACAUACUUUCUGGUCAAGAGCUGAAGCUACUGAAAGAGCUGUUUUAUCAUUCCCACCAAUCGUUGCCCCAACUAAAGUUUUAUUAGUUCCAUUAUCAAAUAGUAAAGAAUUACAACCAAUUGUUAAAGAAAUUUCAAGAACUUUAAGAAAAGAACAAAUUCCAUUCAAAGUUGAUGAUUCAGGUGCUUCCAUCGGUAAAAGAUAUGCUCGUAACGAUGAAUUAGGUACUCCAUUCGGUGUUACCAUUGAUUUCGAAUCCGUUGAAGAUGGUUCAGUUACUUUAAGAGAAAGAGAUUCAACUAAACAAGUUAGAGGUGAAGUUAAAGAUAUUAUUAAAGCUAUUAGAGAAAUCACCUAUAACAACAUCAGUUGGGAAGAAGGUACUAAAGAUCUUAAACCAUUUGAAACUAAAGUUGACGAAGAAUAA